CCAUCAUCUCCCCUUUAGCAAGGCGUUUGUCGCUGUUCCAUUCUCCCAGGCUCUCCCUUAUCAUCUCUAUCGCUAUGGCUGAUAAUGCCGAAGAACUUGUUGACUACGACGAGGAUCUUACCAUAAACGAACCCGCCACCGCCCCUGCGGCGACUGCUGUUUCAACUACUAACGGACAUGGCGCCACCGAUGGCGCGGGGGAGGAGGAUGUGGAGGACGAGAAGAAAGGAUUUGGAACUAUCCACUCUACUGGGUUCCGGGAUUUCCUCCUGAAACUCGAACUCCUCCGAGCUAUCAGUGAGCUUGGUUUCGAACAUCCUUCUGAAGUUCAGCAAGAAUGCAUCCCGCAAGCUGUCCUUGGCAUGGAUGUUCUCUGCCAAGCAAAGUCUGGACAUGGCAAGACAGCUGUGUUCGUGCUUGCCACGCUGCAACAGCUGGAACCAGUGGACGGCGAGGUCACUGUGCUUGUCAUGUGUCACACUCGAGAGCUUGCGUACCAAAUCAAGAACGAGUACGGGCGCUUCUCGAAGUACAUGCCUGACAUUCGCACCGCCGUCUUCUACGGUGGCACACCCAUCAAAAACGAUAUCGAACUGCUCAAGGACAAGAAUCGGUGUCCUCACAUUGUCGUCGGCACUCCUGGCCGUCUCAACGCGCUUGUUCGAGACCGUGUCCUCAACCCGAGCACCGUGAAGCACUUUGUUCUCGACGAGUGCGACAAGAUGUUGGAGCAACUGGAUAUGCGUCGCGAUGUACAGGAGAUCUUCCGCGCUACACCGCAUCAUAAGCAAGUCAUGAUGUUCUCCGCCACCCUAUCGAAGGAAGUUCGUAUAACGUGCAAGAAGUUUAUGCAAAACCCACUGGAAAUCUUUGUGGACGACGAGGCCAAGUUGACCCUGCAUGGUCUGCAACAGCACUACGUCCGUCUCGAGGAGUCGCAGAAGAAUAGGAAACUCAAUGACCUGCUCGAUACCCUCGAAUUCAACCAGGUUUGCAUAUUCGUGAAAUCCGUGGCUCGUGCAAACGAGUUGGAUAAGUUGCUUGUGGAAUGUGGUUUCCCUUCCAUCUGCAUUCAUUCUGGUCUGCCACAGGAGGAGCGUAUCAAGCGGUAUCAGCAAUUCAAGCAGUUCGAGAAGCGUAUUCUUGUUGCUACUGAUAUCUUCGGCCGUGGCAUUGAUGUCGAGCGUGUUAAUAUCGUCAUCAACUACGACAUGCCUACCGAUGCUGACUCAUAUUUGCAUCGUGUCGGUCGUGCCGGCCGUUUUGGGACGAAGGGUCUUGCGAUCACCUUCGUUGCCAAUGAUGCGGACGCGGAGAUUCUCAAGCAGAUCCAGUCCCGGUUCGAGGUUGCCAUUCCGGAUCUGCCAGCAGAAAUCCCAGCGGAGACUUACAUGGCCAAAAAGGCGUAAAACUACUGGUCACUCCUGGGAGGCCUAUUUCUCGUCCAAUCUCUCAUCGCUAGCUACAUGCUUUUGUCUUCUCGUAUCGUGGCGUGCAUAAUGUAGUUGAAACUGUCUUCUGACCGUGCUUGUACAUGUAGCUACGUAGUAACCGGGGCCACUGCUACCGUAUGCGGCUUGUCAAUGUCACUGUUCCCUGGUCGUUGUUUGUGUUCAUCGAAACAACCCUGGGGAUGACAGGGGUCUCAAGGUAUAAGAUGUGGUUUCAC